AGUUUAGACCACAAACUUGUUCAAAAGGUACGUGUCAUUCUUUUCUAUGUGUUCAUGCAAUAGUUGUUCUUCAAACUUCAGAGUUGUUUUACUGUGUUAAGCUUACGGAAACCAACUCCGAACAGGCGUGUAUGUCGUGCUUGGGAGCUGUUGGGAACUUUUCUGAUUGUUAAAUCUGGUUCAGUAAACUAUAAAAUUUUUUCUAUAUUACAGUAGGGUUUACAUUAGAUCAAGCCCUUUUUUCUUCAUAGGGUUAGUGCAUUUCUGCAAAAGUAAUAGCUGGCUUAUAUUUCACAAUGCAAUUCAAGUCAAAACUCCAUGCGAGAACCUACUAACAAGAUUAUAAACCAACUCUGGUUUUUCUAACAGUUAUACUUAACUAUGAAAACUACUUCAGGGUAAUGAAAUAAUAUAAGACUUACAUAUAUAUUUUUCAUGGACAGUGUACUUCAAUAAAAAUAUCUGUACCAGACUUUGAUGGGCAUAUUACUAAAGAAAGUACAUAAGCUUAUUUGAACAGGAUUCAGUGCAGUUUAUCAAACAAAGAAGUGUGGUUAUUUGAAGACUUCGGAUGUUUUACAGACGUAAGUAUCUCUUUCUAUUGAUUUUUCCGGGUUCUAUACGUAAUGGGGCUCAGGCUGCAUAAUUUUUAAAAUAUUCCAUUGAUUUUUGUGCCACCACAAUGGCAGCUAGGUAUGUUUCAACAUAUAAUAAUAAUCAUUCAAACAUACCGAGCUGUCCCUUCUUUAUUGUGACUGGACAAUAACUUUAAAAAUAGCCUGCGUAGCAAGCUUUUCCGCGCGAGUUUUCUGCAAGAGACUAAGUUUGUAGAGGGUAAAAAAAGAGGAAGGAGGGGCCGGGAGGGGCUAACUCGCGCAAUAACUCUAUUGGAAACGUUUGUUAUGCAGGCUAGGUAUAAUGUAAAGUGUUUCUUUAGUUUAAUUUUAAGCUUUGGGCAUGGAAGGAAAUUUUCAUUGAAUUUUCCUGGACUUAAUUAAGUGAUAAUAAGGCUCGAUUCAAACGUCAAAUUUCACAAAUGACGAACUUAAUGACAAUGCAUGUACACGAAAUGUAAUGUUCCCAUUCAGAAGCAUUAGGUUCGCUACACAUUUUUAACCGGAUCUUUAAGUUUUGAUAAAGGUAAAGAGAAAGGGGAAUUUUCUGCAGAAAAGGAGCGAUAGUAAAAAGGGAGUGGGGCCGAAAAAUUUAUUUGAAACACUAUGACUGAAUUUUUUAUCUCAAAUUGCUAUAUUCUUUUACAAUUAUUUCACAGAUAAAAGAAACAAGGCAAAGUGAUAAGUCUCCAGUGGAACGAAACACACAACAGAGGAAUAUUGAAGUUAGAUACAUGGCGUUUGUCUUUCACUUACAUUAA